UGUAUUAAGUUAUAUGCAGAGCAAAAACUUAUGAUUAUUUUUCCUAGAUCUAUAGAGUCAGACCUUGAAUUGGAUCUGCUAAUCCAUGUUGUUUCACCUGUGUUAUUUCAAUUUUAUAAUUGUUAUAUGAAAUUCAGUAUCGUAAUCUGUCGCGCCAACUACAGUCAUCAAGAAACGAAAUUUAUUUUACACUUGCAGUUAUUUAUUUUGAAGAAGCGUGUUAAGUUUGCCCAAGUGUGCAUUGGAUAGGGGUAGGAUUUCCGGAUCGUGAUCUGCGACAGUAUAAUAGCCAAGUUUUGGCGAUUUCCGAGCAGCGGCCCGCGAGAAACUAAAAAAGACGUCACAGAAGGCGGCUAACUCCAAUGAUGAAACACAUAAACACCUAGGUAAUUGAAUGAAAGUGCCUGAAAUAUGGAUUUGAGAGCAAGAAAUAAACUGAGAUCCAAAUUAAAUAGUAAGGAGUGGAUAACUAAAGACAAAGAAAAGCAAAAGUGUUUGAAACAGAAUCAAACAGGAAAUUUACCUUCAGGAAAGAUGCACAUUAAUAAGGUUGACAAAUUUUGUUGGAUUUGCCAUACUUUAUCAAAGCAGGGGAAAGGUUGCUCUCAGUGCCCUAGAGUUUAUCAUGCCAAAUGUAUAAGAAGUCCUACUUUUUUUGAUAGUGAAGGUGCUUGUACAGAAUGUCAGCAGGAUUCCAUAAUUGGUGAUAAGGAGAGUUUUUCCUGUACUAGAUUGAAAGAGCUCUUAAUGUAUUCAAUUGACAGAGUUCUGGACAAAAAGAAACAGCUAAAAGAGACAUUUCGUAACUGGCCAGAGCACGACAAUAACGGGAAACUUUACAAAAUAGUCGACAUAAACUAUUACUGUCAGGAGUUAAUAUCAAACUCCUACAAGAAGCCCAUAGAUUUCUUAACAGAUUUCAAGUGGUUGUAUCACAACAGCUGUAUAAUAUAUGGAGAUAAAUCAAAAUAUGCUGUUGGUGCUGAGCAUCUUGUAAAACAAUUGCACAAAGAGUUAUCUAGUUUAGAAGCUUGUACAGACUGUUAUUUUUAUAGAAAUUCAAAUGCAGUGGAUGAAGGAACUUUCUUUUCCUUAACAUGUUCCAAACCGCAUUCAGUAAUAUGGGCUAAAGUUAAAGGAUACACUUAUUGGCCUGCCAAGUGCCUUAAAGUGACUAAAAGUGGAUCUGCCCAUAUUGUCUUCUUUGGUACCCAUGAAAUUGGGUAUGUACCCGCUUCUAUGUGGUUUUCUUUAACAAGCCAACCUUCAGCCUCCCAAUCAUUACAGCAACAAGGCCUAUAUAGUGCUGCAAUUAUGGAGUUUCUAAAAUAUAAUGAAAAUUUACAAGAACAACAUUUUCCUUCUUUGCAAAAAAAAUUAUCUUCAUCUGAUGUAAAAAAGGUGUCUAUAGGAACUCAAACUUCAAAAGAUAUUCAAGAUACCACUACAGCUGAUGAGAAUGACUACGAGCCUGAAAUUCUUUGUGUAACCUCUAUUGAAAAUUUCCAAGAAAUUUCUGAUUUGAGUAAAAGUAAUAUCGAUCUCAAACCGGACCUAACGUGUUCUUUUCCCGCCAACGAAUCAUCGUCCGAAAUCGCAUCUGUUACGAUGACCUUUUGUCAGGAAGACGCAGAUUCUAUGCAGAUGUCUGAGGACGAGGAUAUUCAGGAGCUGCUUUUCAUCCCAAAAGAAUCGCAAACUGAACUGAAUAAAACUGGCACAGAAUCUACAAAGCUGUGUCAUAAUGAGGACGUUCAAGAACUGCCUUUGCCUAAGGUGUAUCAAUGCCAAAUAGUUAGAUCUAUGCAAACAUCCAUCAGCGAGGAACCAACUGCGUCAAAUAUUUCAGGUGAUGGCCUGUGUGGCAGGUUUUAUCCUGAAGUUUUAGUGCCACAAUCUAAUCUAAAUAGGCUGCCAGACAUUCCAACAACAAUUUCAAAUCCUGUUUCUGAACAGUUUGCAUCAAUAUACAUGGAUAAUUUUUUGUUUGCAAAUGAUAAACAAUUUGUAAAUUCUAAAUCUCCAUCUGAAACUCAUAACAGUUGUGCUUCCAUGUUACCAACUAAUCUGAAAGGUACAGAAGUGAAUCUCGAUACUGCAACCCUUGCUAAAGUCAUAUCUAACACAGAUCCUCAGUUUUCUAGGAUCUUUCAUGAAAAAUCCAAAGAACUUAUUGAUUCUAUGAUGGUUCACAUGUGGACUAAAAUGCGAGAUGCAACUCUUACAACUCUAAUUGAGAAUUCAAGAUCUGUUCAACAGGUUGAAAAUAACCGCCAAGAACUUCAGGCUCUUGAAGAUAGUGAGAAACAAUUGAAAAGCCGUCUGAAUAAUGCAGAUUUUCUUGUUCAAUGCCUGAAACGAGGUUUCCAGAAUCAAGCCAAAGUUAUUGAAGAAAGGGACCAAAUAUUGUCAGAAAUGAAAAUUAAGUUGGCAAGCAUCAAAACUGAAAAGGCUGAAAUUUCAGAAAAAUGUCUUAAUAUGGAGAAGGCCUUAAAUGCCCCAUCUUCAACUUAACUGUUAACAAAUUAUUUUUGAACUCUCUCAACAUUUCUCUAACAUUUCUGUUUAACUUUCCUAAUAUGAAAUGUUUAAAAAAAAGAAAAACUGUGAUUUAAUGUGAUAUUGUGUGUUUUCAUGUUAAUGCUAUGUUUAAAUUACAUUACCAUGAAAUAUUGCUAAUAUGAAUGUUUUGUUAACGUACAUGGCCAUUCAUUAGUUUUAUAUUUCUUCAGAUUUUUAACAAAACAAGUAGGUUUUAUUUUCCAAAAGUUCCUUAUAAAUUUAUACAUGUGUUCACAAAUCAUAUUUUAAUGUAAAAAUGUGUUGAGUUUAGUUCAAUCUAGCUUGAAGCUCAAUUUUAGGAACAAUCAUAUAUGUAUACAUAACCUGUUGAAUAAUUUUCUACCAAUAUGAAUCUAAACCUAUUAUUUUUAAAGUAUGAGCUUAUUUAUUAGUUAUAAACUAAAAAUAAAGUGUGUAGAGUAGAUUUUUUUUCUUUAAAAAAACUAUUCAGUUUGACACACACAAAAGAAAGAUCUUUUGAAUUUGUAAAUCUUUCUUUUUGAAUUUGUAAAAAAUAUAUAUAUACAAUGUUCACAAAUUUCCCUCACUCCUCAAAUUCUAAACGCUUCAAAAAGUGGUUUAAACCUUAAGUUUUAAUUAUUAAGUAAUAAAACCUAUAUGUUAAAAUUUAACGUUAUUGUUACAAAAUAUAUUUGUUCACCGUGCAUUGUGAUUUAUGUUAAAAAAAUAUUUGCUAAUAUUUUUUAUUGUGUUAAGUAAUUGUUUUAAAUAAAUAUUUUU